GCCCGCCCCGCUCGCGCCCCGUCCAGGUCCCGUCCCGCCCUGGACGCUGUGACGCCGCCGCGCCCCGCCGCGCCCCGCCGCGCCCCGCCCCGCCACGUCGCCACGCGGCAGGCACGCCCCGCCCCGCCACGGCAGAGUGCGGCUGAUUAGCGACGCUGGGCAGCACGGCGACAUGUGGCCCUGACCACGGUGCCGCGGCCGCGCCCCCCAGCUGCACCAGGCAGGCCCUGGGCGUCUUGUCGGGGCAGCAGGAGCAUGGCGUAACACCGCACCACGAGCUUGGCCGUGGCCGCCGGGGGCUAGCUGCAGCUGCAGCCCACCACCGCCCCACCCGGCGCCCCCCGCCGCUCGCCCCGCGCUGAGGGCCUUGUGCGUCCCGUCCGCACCGGCCCACCGUCACCAUGCUCAUCAAGGAGUACCGCAUCCCGCUGCCGCUCACGGUGGACGAGUACCGCAUCGCGCAGCUCUACAUGAUAGCGAAAAAGAGCAGAGAUGAGAGUAAAGGUACAGGAAGCGGUGUUGAGAUCCUGGUGAAUGAACCCUAUGAGGGAGGACCCGGGGGAAACGGCCAGUAUACCCACAAAGUGUAUCAUGUUGGCAGCCAUUUGCCAGGGUGGUUCAAAAGCCUCCUCCCAAAAUCUGCCCUCACUGUGGAGGAGGAGGCCUGGAAUGCUUACCCAUAUACAAAGACUCGUUACACCUGCCCAUUUGUUGAAAAGUUUUCUCUGGAAAUUGAAACUAGAUACUUUCCAGAUAAUGGUUACCAAGAAAAUGUGUUUGAGCUGAAAGGAAGUGACCUCCGAAAUCGUAUCGUUGAUGUCAUUGAUGUUGUGCGAGAUCAAAUUGAAUAUGUGCCCCAAGAAGAUCCAAAACAAUAUGUAUCAGAGAAGACGGGCCGAGGACCUCUCACUGAGAAUUGGUUAGAGGAGUAUUGGACUGAGUGUAAGAGCAAAAAGAUGCCUACCUCAAGUGGCAAGGCUCUCAUGUGCGCCUAUAAGUUAUGUCGAGUUGAAUUCCGGUACUGGGGCAUGCAGACAAAAUUAGAAAAAUUCAUCCAUGAUGUUGCCUUAAGAAAAACUAUGUUAAGAGCACAUAUUCAAGCAUGGGUUUGGCAAGAUGAGUGGGUAGGAUUGACUAUGGAAGAUAUUAGAAACAUAGAGCGUGAAACUCAGGAAUUACUUAAACGAACUAUGGCACAAGAUGGACAAAAUGCUCUCACUGAUUCUCCAAGUCAGGAGGCAAAUCUUGCAUCGGCCUCUGCCGGUGCUCCUCAGGGUAGUGGCACAGCUACUCCUUCCGAAUCAUCAUCAUCUGCUCAAAAAACUCUUGCAGCCACACUAGGUAGCAUUGAGAAGAAUGAUCAGGAUCAGGUAACUACCCCAAUGUGUGUGAAGAAAAAAACAGAGCGUACAACAGAUAUUCCAGCAGCUACAUGCAGUUCAGAUGAAGAUGAUUCUCCUACCAAGGCACGACUAGAUGUUACGGACUCGAGGCAAAAGGUCUGGAUGGGUAGUGAGACCGCCUCAUGGCGCAUGCAGAGUAUUGUACGCGACUCGGAUUCUGAUAGUGAUGACGAAUAUUUUGACUGCCAAGGUUCACAUUCUAUAUCCGAAGAUGCUGAGGUUGAGGCCCUUGCAAAAUGGAGUUCUUUAGAACUUUUGAAUGAAGAAAAUACUGAAGGACCCACUGCAUCCAACACUCGAGAUAAAAAUGAUAGCAUAUUUUCUCACACGUACCUUCAAAGAGUUGUCAGUGAGCGGACAAAAGCAGGUGGACGGGGAAGAAUGCUACAUUAUGCAGGACGCAGCAGCAUCGAAGUUGAUGCAUUAUCAUGUCCUGGGUCGCCAACCAUGUCUCUUGUAACUGGGCAGCAGCCAUCAUGUCCUACAUCCGUCCUUCUUCUGGUGAUGCAUGCUGGCAGUGUAUUGGAUGCUAAUACAGAGCUUCCUGCUAAGAAAUCUGACAUCACAACGUUUAGAGGCUCAUUUGAAUGUGUUAUGCGACAGCAUUAUCCAUCAAUGGUGGGCCAUGUAGCCAUUAAGUUAGUCAGCUGCCCAUCUGUGUGCACAGAGGGUCUUGGUAUUUUAUCUAGUCUUAACCCAUACAGUUUUGAUGUCUCUCCAUCUUGUCUGGAUGCUCCACAAGUUACGCAUGAUUCUAUUCCAAUUGGUUCCAUACCUUUGUUGGCAACUGCCAAUGCAGCAGAGUAUCAAGAUGCAGUUUCUAGAGCUGUCACCAAUGCCAAUAGCACUUAUCAUGAGUUUUUGAAGUCAGAGGAGGGUCUUGGUUUUAGUGGACAAAUUUGCAUUAUUGGGGAUUCAAUGGGUUCUGUCCUUGCGUAUGAUGCAUUAUGCCGCUCAGGAUCAAGGCAAGACUUGGAUAAUGAUAUAGAACAGCGAAGUGGAGAGGACCAUGAGCUGCAUCGUAGCCACUGUGAUAUUGGAGAUGAAACCUAUCUGUCAGCAAGCCGACUGCUCAGUGCUCCGAGUGGAAACAGACGAAGAUCAUCAUCUACAAGUGAUCAUGCUCACCAAAUAAAACUUGAGUUUGAAGUGAGUGAAUUAUUCAUGUUUGGGAGUCCUUUGGCACUUGUUUUGGCAUACCGAAAAAUAUCAGUUGCAGAGGAAAAGAAUGCUCCCAUAUCUCGUCCAUGUGUUCAACAAGUGUACAACCUGUUUCACCCAACUGACCCAGUAGCAGCUCGCAUUGAACCACUACUCUCUGCUCGGUUCUCUAUGUUACCUCCAAUCAACAUUCCUCGAUAUCAAAAGUAUCCCCUUGGAAAUGGUCAACCAUACCACUUGUUGGAAGUCAUCCAGGCGAACCCGCAGACUUUCUCAGAUGGUCUCAGUGUUGCUACUCCUACCUCUCACUUGCGACGUAUGUCUGAAAUCAGCAUUCAAAGCACUGUCUCUGGUGUCAUAGACUCUCUACCCCUUCACACCAUCAAUGCCUUGACUCAAAAAUGGUGGGGAAAUAAACGGUUGGACUAUGCCUUAUACUGCCCAGAAGGCUUGUCCAACUUCCCUACCAAUGCACUCCCACAUCUCUUUCAUGCUAGUUACUGGGAAUCAUCAGAUGUUAUUGCUUUCAUCUUACGGCAGCUGGGACGCUUUGAGCUUCUUCAAGCUCUAGGUCAUGAUGACAAAGAUCUAGUAGCUUUUAGUCCCAAUCAACCCCGUGAAAAAUGGAUUCGGAAACGAACAUCUGUGAAGUUAAAGAAUGUUUCACCAAAUCAUCGAGCUAAUGAUGUUAUUGUAAAGGAGGGUAAACCGCAAACUCUUUUAGCAAGAUUUAUGUAUGGUCCCCUUGAUAUGAUAACACUACAUGGAGAAAAGAUUGACAUUCACAUUAUGAAAGAUGCUCCUGCUGGCGAAUGGCAAUUACUAUCUACUGAAGUGACUGACAAAAAUGGUCGAGUUUCAUAUACAAUCCCUUCUGAUAAGGCUUUGGGCUAUGGUAUUUACCCGAUCAAAAUGGUUGUGAGAGGAGAUCACACAUCUGCAGAUUUCUAUAUGGCUGUUGUUCCGCCCAAAACUGAAUGUAUAGUCUUCAGCAUAGAUGGUUCCUUUACAGCAAGUAUGUCAGUAACUGGAAGGGACCCUAAAGUUCGGGCUGGAGCUGUUGAUGUUGUCAGACACUGGCAAGAAUUGGGUUAUUUGAUAAUAUAUGUAACUGGGCGACCAGAUAUGCAACAGCAAAAAGUUGUGUCGUGGCUCUCUCAGCACAACUUUCCUCAUGGGUUGGUUUCAUUUGCUGAUGGUUUGUCAACUGAUCCUCUUAGACACAAAACUACAUACUUACAAGCUCUACAAGAGGCACAUGAUGUUCUCAUUCAUUCUGCUUAUGGAAGCAGCAAGGACAUUGCUGUAUACAGAUCUCUUGACCCCAUUCCAAAGCAAAUUUACAUAAUUGGGAAGGUGUCUAAGAAACAUCAGUCUCAAGCCAUUGUUCUCUCUGAGGGCUAUGCUGCUCAUCUUGCCCAACUUGUAGCUCCAGGAGGCUCCCGCCCUGCCCAGGGAAAUGCUCGUAUGGUGAUCCCCAGAGGAUAUUUUGGCCUACCAGGACACAAUGCAUCCCUUAGAAGGAGAAGGAAUGCUGCUAAAAGAACAAAGUCAUUCCCAGUCAUGGGUCAUAGUCAAGAUGUGAGUACAGCUCCUAGUCGAGGUCUACGGGGCAGUUCCGCACCACAUUCGGCUACUGGUCCAGCACCAUCUUGUAUCCCUCCCCAGACGCCCCCUGCUCAGACAGCAUCUGGGACAGGAACAGGAGUCUCUGAUAAACUGUGACGAAGCAUGUCGCGCUGCUCCUGUUUCUUCAGCUCCAAAGACUCUACGACGUCUGGUGAGGACAAUUUACCUUCACCGAAGUAGUCGACAUUCCAAAUCCCAUAGUUCCUUAUCUACCUCAAAAGCACUCUAUGGAGCAUCAUUUGUUUAAUGUUGGACGGAUUCUUAAGGGUGCUUUCAAAAAUGGUAUCUUGAGAGAUGGUUCUCUGUGGGAAAAUUUGUGAAUAAAGCUGGGUAAGAAAACUGCAGCGCAGUACAUUUUUAAUAUAUUAUCUUUUAAAACUGAGUGCUUAGGUCACAUGGUUUCUGUGUAAAAGUAAAUGUUUUAGUUUUAGAUGAGUUGUAGAGAAAAUUCCUUCAUCAAAUCAAAAUUCCAAUGCCAAUGAUGUUUCUUACUGUGGAAAAUAUAAGGUACCAUUUUAAAGGAUUGCAUUAAGUAAAAUUGAAACAUGUUUAGAACAAUGCCAAUGACAUAGCAUUUUCAUCUCACACUUGAUUGAAGUGUAAUUUUUUUUUCUCUGGUAUUUAUUUUAAUCUGUUUAGUAUAACUUUGAAAAGAUGUAUUAAACUUGUACUGCCAAUGGCACGCACACAUCCAAACAUACUACAUCAAUCAUCACUUAAAUGUUCAUUAUUUAAGGGGAGAAAAAAACCUUGUGCAAUCUCUCAUACAUGUACCGUAUUAUAUUUUAUACCAAAGAAAUGGUUGGUUUGGAGUAAACACUUUACAUGUUGGAAUGAGCUUCAUUUUUUAUAUCUUAACCGUAAGAUUCAUUGACUUCAUGUGUAAGUAGAUGACCUAGACUCAAGAACUCUUAUAGCAUUUUAAGUGUACAUACAUUUUGAGUGUCAUUGGGAAAAAAUAAAACUAACUUUAUGUCUUCAUUUGAUAGAUGUUACAGUAAAAGACCUUCAGAAGCUUUCUUGCUGAAUUACACAUAUCAUGUUUUACUGUAAGGUUUGUAGAAUUAGUAUGAAAAUGUAUAUAAUGUUCAUAUUUUGUCUGUAUUAUGUUGCCUCCUUUGCAAAUUACUGAACUGUUACAGAGUGUGCUUAUUUAAUUCAAUGGAGAUGCGAAUCUACUGUUUGUUUGCAAAUCUAGAAUCCCAUCUUUUGUGAGACUGCAGCAUUUCCAUUUAUAGUACUUACAAGCAUACUGGUGAUAAAAUAUUAAGUGAAUGUGGCUACAUAUGUGCAUAUGUAUUACAUAUUUUUGUUUCAAACCAAAAGGCUGUGUUUGUUCAUUGCUAACCAUAAAUCUCAUCCUUUCCCCCCAUACCCAUAAAAUCAAGUCAGCCUAACUCCUGUACACGUCCUCCUUUCAAACACUGAGAGUUUGAUACUGUAAUUGUUGUAGCUAGUUAAAAAAUAUCUUAAUGAUUGUAUUAUGUGUAGGUUUAAGCAGUCUUAUUUGCAAGAGUUGGUACCUUUCUAAGGCAUAUUCUUCGUAAAAAGUGGAAAUUGCUCGAAGUACUUUGUUCUAAAAACCAAUGUUACCAUUAUUUUAAUUGAAUGUUGUACAGGGUUCAUUCAUAGAAAUGUAUAUUGUCUAUGUUUUAAUUUUUCAGAGUGUACUUGAACUUAUCCGCCCAAGAGUUUCAUGUGUUUAUUCUUUAAGUGAGCUUGUGUUUUCAAAAUUCUUGUGUGUAUAAGAUUACUUAAUAGGUUCAUACAUUUCUUUACUGGCAUUUUUCAGAAUUGUCAACUGCCCCCUACAUUAACUUUACCUGAAGUUUCCAUCACGUUAAAAGCAAACCAACAAAAAAACAUGGAUUAAGCAUUAUUUUUUUGCAAACAGAUGUAUAAACUGCCUCAUCAUAAUAAAUUUAGGUACUUCUCAUUAUUACCUCUACUUGUGUCCUGUGAAGUGAUGGCUCUUGAGCAUUAAGUAAUUAAUUUAACUGAAACUAGAAAAUAUAUGCCUGCUAAGAAUAUUUUUCUACUGUUGCUACUUUCUUCGCGCUUUUGCUUUGGAAACUAUGAUCAGCCUUGUGAUCAUAUUGUUGCUUUGGAUUUAUGGUGGCUGACUUACUAAUUCUACUAUUGUAGCCUUAAUUGGUUAAGUAUAAAUAUUAUUGUGCCAUCCAUUAUUGUUUAGUUAAAGAAGCUAAAUAUAUGAAAUCAUUAGUUUUGUUAAAAGUUCAACCUAAAGGGGGAAGGCUCCAGGCUUUAAAUUUGUUAUCAAUUGAAAUAACAUGACAUGAUUUUACAUCUACCCUUAUAUUCUCAAAUAAGUGGGCUUGUGAAAUUAUUUUUUGUUUUGUUAAUUUGGUGAGGUGAUGAUACGCUUAAAAGUAUAGUUUGGACAAAGUAAUUGUCAUAUUAGAAUUACUAGGAACAUUUUGUCAUUUAUUGAUUGUUCUAUUUUUAAGCUGGCCCUUUAGGCAAUUCCCUGUUUUUACUAUUUUAAGGUAAACUACUAUUUUUAUGCAGCUGUUUGAUGUUUAUGAGUUGCUAAAGAUCUAUUACUGUAUAUGAAUGGAAAUUAUUAUCAGAUUUUUGAUUUAAAUUACUCUAGCCUUUUUAUUCUUGCUCUUCCGCAGUCUUAAGAAAUGAGCAAUAAUUGAAGUACAGCUUUGGGCAGUUUGUUGAGAGCCCUUGUUCAAAUUGUACAUUAAACAUUUCUUGUCCGACUAAGUGUCACACGGCCUUUUCCAUUUGCAUUGGUAACACAUACCCAGCCAGAAAUCAGUGAUCGAGUCAAUAUUGACCGACGUUGAAUUGAUGUCGGUUGCAACACAGAUUUCUGGCUGGGUAGAUGUGUUGUUUGCAAACAAUGAAAGCAUAAAUAUUGUGUAUUGUAAUUUUAAAUCAUUUUCAUGAAAGGAUGUUUCCAUAUUAGAUGUAGAGCUAUUGCUCACAUGCGGAGCAGUACACAGCAAAAUUAACUAUUUUAACUCCAACGUUUUGUAUUUUUGUGAAACAUUAACAGUAUGGUAAUUAUUAGCCAUUUAUUUUCAAACAUUAGAGAGCAUUUAUUAAAAAACAAAACAAAAGCAUAAGAUUUGGUGUAGGUUGGAUGAAAAAUAUGACUUUUGAAAUCAUUAUUUACUGCCUUUAUAUUCCAUGUCAUUGGUUCAUAUUGCAUGGCUCAGAGAAGUGAUUGCGUGUUUACCUGUUUUAUCUUGCUAGCACAGAAUAACAGUUUCGUAGUGCUUGUUUUGAUGUAUUUAAAUCUGUUUCGUUACGGAUUUCCUCUAAAGCCAUAAUAAAUAACUUCCAAACAUCCAUUAGAUUCUAAGAAAUGUAAAGACAAUCUUUAUGAAAGGGAUUUCAACAAUAAUUACUCUAGCAUGGUUGAUGAAAAGCAAGUUAAAAUAGUGAGUUCUAUCUCUUGUACACCUUUCCUGAAUUUAACACAAGGUUUGUGAGAAAUUAUUGAGUUUACAGGACACCAAAAAUCAUACCUUAUAAUAUAAUGAGAGUGCUCUAAUCAACUUUGCAUGGUGAAGUUUGUGACAAAAACUUUCUUGAACUUGAAUGACCCCAAUGAUGUGGCACAGCCGUACUUCUCCAAUGUAGUGUGACAUCUGUUUGUUCAUCCCCAUCCCUCCAAUAUUAAUUGCAACAUAAAGAAGACGUUUGUUGGCAUUUCUUAUGGGAAUUUUUUUCUACUCCUGCUGAACAAAAUGAGUCAAUAUCUAUUUCAUUUCAAAUUCCUGUCACAGUAGUUCAUAGUUUCCUGUGAUUUUUAUUUCAAAUUUGUUAAUAAGAUUCAAUGUUACCAAUUAUUGACUAGGUUGUAGUGAAAUUGUUUGUGAAUAAUCUAAGGUAGAUUUCUAAAGGACAAUGUUCCCGGCCUUAAAUAUUUUUUUGGGUUAAUUUACUGAAAUUAAGUAAUAAUUAUCUCACCUGUGAUUUAUAGAUGGAACAUAUUUGAGGAAGUUUACUGAGUAUGUCAAACAAAUGGGCUCACUUUGCGUAGAUGCUUCACCUUUUCUCCUGUUCUAUGCCAGUGUAAGAUUUAGCUUUUAUGAAGGGAAAAAGAAAAUGUUUGUUGAGAGGAGGUAUGAAUGUACCCAAGUGUAUUCCAUUUAAAAUAAACCAAAUUAUGUUGCCAGAAACAAAUCAACUGUCUUCUAAACUGCUAGUGAUUCUGCUGUGAAUAAUGGGUUCUUAAUAAAGAGGAUCAUUUACAGUUAUUCCAGUUUAUUUCCAUUCAUUUUGAAUGUUGAGAUAACAACAUCAUAACAAUACAAGUACUUCCGUGCACAACCACACGCUUCAAUGAACAAAAUUUCCCAGAUCAUUUACAUAUAUCACAGAAGAUAUUACCAAGUUUGACAAGUAUUCAACAGCAUGAAGAAGCAGGCUUCAUAGUCACUAUAAAAA